AUGAGUAGACCGUACCCGACGUGCCCUGCUUCAAUGCCGCCCCUCGGGGCAUAUGCUGGCCAGCAAGUUACAAAAUUGGCCCUGGCUUUGACCGUCGGAAACGAGAUCGACUCCUCAAAAAUCAAGCCCUGUUCAAUUAUCAACCCAUACCACGUCCCCAGCCACCUAUCAUACCAGUUCGAGGAAUGCCCUAACCACGAGGCGCGGUUCUUUUUGAUUGACCCCCAAAGGGUGCCUCCUAAGAUACGACGUCAUCAGCUGAGCUGCAUUAAGAGGCUUGCUAACCGUGUUGUACUCGAAGCCGAAAGACCAAGGCGCACCUAUGCCAAAGCAACACCCACCGCGCAAAUCGCCUUACCAACAAGAAUCAAGAAAGCAAGGCAACGCGACCGUCGCCAAGCCGCACGACAAGCCAGACGGCAGCAGCCCAAGAGCGACCCUAGCAAUGGCGACAACAGCACGGCCGCCAAGCUCGACGAGUCGGGGGACACGGAAAACUUCUGGAUGCUGGUUCUCCUGUACCUGGCCUACGACGAAACCGGCCAGCUUCGCGACGACAUCCCAGAGAACUCUAGCCAGGCGCUGCAAGGCACGAGCACCGUGCUGCUGGGGUACAUGCAGAAAUACCUCUCACGGCAGAACCUCAACUUCACCAGCACCGCGUACAUGCAAGAGUACAUGGCCGUCAAGCAGAGCGAGAUUAUCUUUCUCGAACGGCUACUCAGCCGGAUGCCUAGCGUUGAUCAGAACUACAAGGACUAAUGCCUCGUCGUUGUGCGGGAGCAGCGGGCCCGACACGCGCCGAGCUCGAGGCAAUGGAAGGAGACUCGCAAAGGGUGACGCGGUUUGCGAAGCACCGGCUGAUGACGGUGCGACACGUCACUAAGGCACUGCCCGGUAUGAUUCAAAACGCCGAGAAGACCCUCAGGGAGCUCAAGCAGAAGUUGGAGAGAGUCCGUCGGCGACAGGAGGAGAGGAGCAACGUGGAAGCGCUGCGCGGAGAGCGGGAGCAGCUACGGGAGAAGAUGCGCACGGUUGUUACCUAGCAGGACAAUGUUGCCCCCUUGUCGACAACGUUUGGCGAGUUGGCUGGGAGGUGGGAGGCAUUGGCAAGGCAACUAAAGUCAACCGAGCAAGCUUUGGAAUCCUG